AUGUCUGCGCCAGAGCUGCCAGGACCAGGCAAGCGACGCUCCAAGAAGGGCUGCCUCACCUGCCGCACGCGCAGGAAGAAGUGCGACGAGACGCACGACGACCACACGGGCGCCUGUCAGCGCUGCAUCCAGGGCGCGUGGACCUGCUCGUGGCCAGAUCCCGCAGAGGGCCGCCCGCCCAAGCGCUCGAGGGCCGCCUCGUCCGAGGGCCCGUCGAGCGACCGCGGCGCACCCGUCGCAGGGCCCAGUGCAUCAACGUCGACCUACCCAGUCGCGUCAAGCAGCUCUGCGCCGCCCGCGAGCUUCCCCCACCUCCCGCCGACAUCCGCCUCGUCCUCGUCGCCGUCCACCGCCGCCGCGCACUACCCGCCGCCGCAGCCGAGCUUCGUCAACGCCGGGCCACCAGCACCGCACUACUUCUCGCUGCCGCCGACGACCGCUGCCGCGACCAGCUUCGCCUCUCCCGCCCUCGGACCGCCUCGACCGUUCGACCCGGCCCCUCCUCCAGUACCUCUACCCGCCUUUGGCGCUGCGGCAUUCCCCGCCAUCCCGCCACCCGGCGACUCGAACGCCUCGUACGCCCUCCCGUCGUUCCACCUCGCCGCCUUUUCGCCGUUCGCCGACCUGUCGCACGGCCUGAACGGCGUCGACGACUUCUUUCAGACGCUCGAUCUCGAAAUUGCGGGCUGGGACUCGCUCCCGACAGCGACCGCGAGCGCAGAGCCGUCGCCGGCCGAGCACCCGAUCAGCUCGGCCCUCGCGGCCUCGGACCCGUCGACUCUGGGCGACGUCGACGACCCGGACAAGAUCGACUCGGUCGACCCGACCUACAACGCCCUCAACGACGCCUACCUGAGCUCGCUCGCCAAGCCGUUGCGCGACGUCGCCGUGCAGCGCGUGUACAAGACGUCGACCUCGAGCGAGUUGAACCGCAACGCGGCCAUGGCUAUUUGUCUGCUGUACCGCAUCCGAGCGCAGCAGAACCAGCCCAAGCACGACGGCGACCCGACCGAGGCGGCCGCGCACGAGCGCCAACUGCGCGCCAAGGCCGACCGCUACUUUCAACGCGCCCUGAACCACGUCCACCAGCAGACGAUCCCGCUCGGCGCCAAGCUGCUCGCGCUCGUCGACCUGUACGAGCAUCAGUUCAUCUCGGUCGGCGCCGGCGCGGCAUCGUUCAUCCGCCUACUCGGCGAGCACUUCAUCACGGAACUCGGGCGCCCGCUCCUCGACCUGUCGUCGGUCCGGGACCCCGAGACGCUCCUCCUCGCCAUCUUUGGCUGGCACGACGUCGUACGCUGCAUCACGUCGGGCAAGCGUCGCGUCCUGUUCACCUACACGUGCCUGCCCGGCGAGCCGUCGGCCGCCAACCCGUCGGUCCUCGUCGACGACGUCAACUCGGUCGUGUGCGAGCUGCCCGUCCUCCUCGGCCUGCCCGUCGGCCUCAUGGUGUGCGCUGCCGCCAUCGCCAACCUGAGCGCCGAGCGCGACGCGCUCCCCGAGGAGGUCGUCAAGGCCAAGGCGGCCGCGAUCGAGACGGCCAUCCGAGGCUGGCGCCCGCCGGCCCUGAGCGCACACGACCUCGCCGACAGCGCCAAGUUCCUCGAGCGCAUCAGCACGGGCGAGAUGUGGCGCCACGCCGUCAUCAUCUACCUGUACCAGAGCGUGUUUGCGCACGGGCCCGUCUCGCACGUCGUCCUCGCCGCCCUGCAGCAGAUCCUGCACAUCGGCGCGCGCGUCCUCGCGACGUACGAGCCGUCGCCGUCGAUGCUCCCUGCGCCCUCGGCGACCGUCGAGCCCGGGCCCGCCGUCGACGGCACCUCGUCCGCCGCCGCCGCGACUGGCUCGGCCGCAGCGCCGCGCCCGUACCCGCAAGCGCCGUUACCGACCGCCGCGACGACGACCGCGUUCGCCGAGUCGCGCUCGACGUCGGACGAGGCGGUCGGCGCGGGCUCGUCGUCCGUGUCGGCGAGCACGAUGGCGCACCUCUUUUCGCCCCUGUCGCGCGCCAUCCCCUUCUUCCUCGCCGGGACGUGCGCCCUCCUGCCGUCUGAGCGCGCCCUGUGCGUGCGCGGCCUGCAGGCGUGCGGCCCGCUCAAGGGGUACGUCGACGACGUGGCGGCGCUCGAGCGCGUGUGGGCGCUGCAGAACGAGAAGGGGUGGCUGAGGGACUGGAGGGAGGUGCUCGAGGAGGAGAAGCUCGCGGUCGCGUUCAUGUAGCCGUACCCCCCUCUUGUCGUACAAGUCUUUCGUCCUG